CAUGUGCAGGUAAAAACGCUAGUGGUCAGUUUUUAAGAUUAAGACAUCAAUCCAUAGACGUUGGUAAUUACAUACAUGUACUCGAUGCCAUCAAUGCCAUCAAUACCAUACUACCGGCCGGAAGCUGCUCCGCGCUAACAAAAGUCGCCACGGUCGCCACGAGAAAAUCCAGUUGUGAAGAUUGCCAUUAGAUUAGAUUGCUAUAUGCGAGUCCUGCCUUUCUUAGGUUGUAUCCAUCACAAUAUUGAUUGAUGAUCCAUCAUCAUGUCCCCCGCUGGUGCUGGAACCAGGCGCGCUUCGAGUGUAAGCAGCACCGAAUUGGCUAGGCAACGGGAUCUAAACAAAUAUUAUCAACCAUGGCUUGAUUCCAAGAAGUUGAAGACCGUACCAGAUAAUGUCGGUUCCGAUGAAGCACCAACCGCCCGCUGCUCUCAUGAUACCACUCUUACCGCCCUUGCCCAACUGGCCGCCUUGAGAUUGAACGUCAAGCGGGGCAUGAUAUCUCUCAUAGACUCCAGUUCUCAGAUAAUUCUCGCCGAAGCCACACAGACCCUUUCCCUCGUUGACGAGAGGCGCCAUGCCCCAGAAGACCACUUAUGGCUUGGAAAUGUCUCUCUACCGCGCGACGACUGUAUGGACCAGGAAGUUUUCGGAGUCACCGCUACAUUCAAGGACGCUGAAGGCAGGGAUGUACACUUUCCUGCUUUGAUCGUUAACGAUACUCUAGAGGACGUCCGCUUCAAAUAUCGCCGUUAUGUCACAUCCAACCCUGGUGUAAGGUUUUAUGCUGGUGUACCCAUCACCACAAAACAGGGCCACGCCAUUGGCGUGUACGCCGUUUCCGACAUGAAACCAAGGCCUCAAGGUCUCACUCUCGAUGAAGUCCAAUUCAUGGAAGAUGUUGCUCAGAUCGUUACAAACCAUCUUGAGAGGGUUAUGGAUACUGUCGGGCGCCUUUCAGAACGGGGUUUCAUGAGAGGCAUCUCAUAUUUCCUAGAGGAUCUAUCUGAAUAUAAAUAUCAAUUAAGCAAUGGCGAUCGUGCCCAGGAAUCCUCCAAGGCCAAUCACAAUCCAGACGUACCCCCAGUUGAUCCUCAGCUUCCCCCCGCAAGAGGACGAUCUAGCCCUCCAAGAUCGGCAACUGCGACAGCAUCCAAUUACGUUUCACCUACCCGUGUUACGUUUACGGAUGGUAAAGAGGACCCAAACCAAGGGCCCCAACACUCAACUGGUAGCAAUGCGAAGAACAAGGAAAAAUCAGACUCGUCUAAGGGUAACAUUCGCAGAAUCUUCACACAGGCAUCGCAAUUGCUCUGUCAGCAAGCACGGGCUACGGGAUGUGCAUUUGCAGACGCUGGAUCCGGAUUGUUCAACGGUCAAUCCGAGGGGGUGGUUUCGCCUCCCACCAGUGCCCAUGCCAACAUAGCCGUAGAUGACAACUUCGAGUCGACUGAAGAUGAAGGGAAGAGGGCCGACAAGGCAGUCUUCGGUGAUCGAUUAGACGAAAUGGCAGAUCUCCUGAGUAUGUCUGUGGAGAAUGGAGAUGAUGAAAAAAGCUGUCAAGGUAUAGUGAAGCGAAAAGGCUUGAAGAAGCUUAUAUUACGAUACCCUUUCGGCAAGUGUUUCUACUUGAGUAAAGGUCGCGCUGAGCCUGAUAACGGUUUCGUCACCGACGAGGUAGUGGCUGGAGGCGGCUCAGGUCAUGCUAUCAAGAUGUCUCUGGAUCUCGAGGACCAAUCUCACAUUCUACUACCGCGAGAGCUAUUGAGUUACCUUUCUGGUGCAAAAUGGCUCAUGUUUCUACCCCUUUUCAACUACGCCCAAGGCCAGUGGUUUGCAGCUGGGUUCCUUUGGGGCAACGAUUUUAGCAUGGGCGACCCUGACGAUGCAUUGCCGUACUUUAAGACCUUUGGCUCCUGCAUGAUGAGCGAAGUUGCGAGCAUGGAAGUUUUAAAUACGAACAUUGCCAAGUCCACUUUCAUUGCGUCUAUAUCUCACGACCUGCGAUCCCCGCUACAUGGGAUGUUGGGAAGCUUAGAAUUCCUCGAAGAUACCAUGACCUCAGCUUAUCAGAUGAGCUUAGUCGGUGCGAUAGAAACGUGCGGAAAGACGCUCCUGGAUACCAUCGACCACCUCUUGGACUACGCAAAAAUAAACAACCUAAAUCGAGCGAGUUUGAAAUUGGACUCCACCAAGGAAAGAAAAACAUGGAGAGAUUCACGCGAUGUGACGACGGAACCUAUGUCUACCAAAUUUGAUCUCGCGCUCCUCACCGAAGAAGUGGUCGAGGCAGUGUUUGUUGGACAGACGUUUCGAAAGAUGAAUCUUCGACAUCACGAUCCCGUCGAUGAGGCAUCUGAGCAAAUAAAAUCGAUGGCCAUCGACGACAGCUCGACCACUGAAGAGCAGAUACACGCUGGCAGUAUCAAGUUCUCUGGCAGGGUGUUUUUACUACUUCAUAUUCAGAAGCUACAAUCUUGGUGGUUGGAAGGGCAAACAGGAGGGCUCCGCCGGGUCAUUAUGAAUGUGGUUGGAAAUGCGAUUAAAUAUUGCGAAGAGGGUUGUAUCGAUAUUUCGUUGAAGGCUAAGCCAAUCACCCCGUCGGAGGUCGAGAUCGAAUUUUCCGUGAAAGACACUGGCAUCGGCAUGUCUGAAAACUUCAUCAACAACCAUUUGUUCCAAGCAUUUUCACAGGAAAACUCCUUCACGCCGGGGACAGGACUAGGGCUUUCCAUCACUUCACAGAUUGUGAAAAAUAUGCGAGGAAAAAUCAAAGUUGAUAGCGAAAAAGGAGUUGGCACACAAGUUAGUAUUACUAUGCCCAUGAAGAUUGCCGAUGGAGACCGUAAUAUUGGGAUCCAAGAAGACCUGUCGCGCGAGACUAUCAAAGUUACAACGGGUAAAACAGUCUGCAUCUUGGACCCUCUCCUUGGCAGCGAUAAUUAUAUCUCUGGGGAGCUUUCAAAGCUUGAGUCUUCCAUUGCUACUUUCUGUCGAGACUGGUUCGAUAUGAAGGUAAUCCAAAGCAAGACUAUUGAGACAGAUCCCGACACAGCAGUAUUCAUUUACGCCGAGCCACCGCCGAUUGAGCAUCUAGUCCAGCAGCAUUUUGAGCGAAGGUCGAAGGGCAUUUCAGGCAAAGAAGCGGCACUGCUCGUUAUAUGUACAAAUGCCUUCGAAGCUGCAGCUCUAAGGGCAGCCGGUAUCAAAGAUCUCGUGUCGUUGGGUAGGGUCAUUGAAGUGAUUAGCCAACCGGUGGGGGCGCGGAAGCUGGGCAAAGUACUUUUGAGAUGUCUUCAACGUGUUGAAGCUAGUGAACUACACUUUAGAGAUUCGUCACCAACUAGCAGUAAGUCCCCAGGGCGCGCCACGGAAGCUGGGUGGAAUUCUCUACCAAUCAUCUACGACCAGGCGGAAAAACGAUAUAGGCCCUCACUUGAGAUUUUAAGGUGGAAAUCAGAACAAUUGCGGUUGAAGACACCAUUUGACAAGAAAGAGGUUACUCGACUGCUUCCAAUACCUAGCGGCCAGCCCAGCAGCUCCACGACAGCUUCACACCUCCGCGACCGAUCCAGCGAUCGGGGGAAACGGAUACCCCGUGUGCUCUUGGUGGACGACAACUCGAUCAACCUCAAGCUUCUCGUGACGUUCAUGACCAAGAUCAAGCUUCCCCACGCCGAAGCCAUGAACGGGCUAGAGGCAGUCAAUAAAUUCAAGGAAGCAGAGAAGCCAUUUGACUUUGUGCUUAUGGAUCUGCAGAUGCCAGUCAUGGACGGUCUCGAAGCGACGCGGCAGAUCCGCGAGUUUGAGAAGGAGAGAGGUACCCUAUAUGUAAAACCGUCGACUAUCAUCGCUAUCACGGGUGUCGGUAACGAGGAUACCCGCAAGGAGGCGAUGGAGGCCGGUAUGUCGCAGUUCUUGACCAAGCCGCUUAAAUUCAAGGUGCUGCAGAGCUUGCUGUUGGAGGAGCAGGAGCUAUGAAAGGAUGCACGAUGCGGAAAGUGGUUUAGCUACUUACGCGGUCGGAUGAAAUCUUGCUUUUUCUCUCUUUUGAUAUGAUGGGUUAUGAUAGAGUAGACAUGAUGGUAACGUUCAGCAGAUCAUGAUGAGAGAUGUCAUAUCUCGACAGGUUAUGUCAUUACCUAUACAUACCUAGGUUCUUAGCAUGGCGAGUUCAGAGUGCAUUAUACACGAGCAUGUUGGGAGUUGAUAGACGGGGUUAUUUUAGAGUAAUGCUAUUUUUUUAUACUACCUAA